CCCUAUCUUCUUUCCACUCCGCGUUUCCUAUUACCUUGAAACUCGUCGCAUACUUUCACAAUGGGUGGUCAUCUCGAUCCUAAGAAUGGAGUUUUCCUCGGCACGUGGGGUGACCUCGGCUGCCCUACUCCCCAGCGUAUCACCUCUUACUCUAUGUCUCCCAACCGUCAGCGCCCUCUCGCCGGUGCCGGUCACGCCGCUAUCUUCAACACCUUCCGCAGAUUCAGACACCAGGUCCUCUACGUCGCUCCUCCCUUCAUUGCCGCCUACGCCCUCAUGAACUGGGCUAUUGAGCGCAACGAGUACCUCAACUCCAAGCCUGGCCGCCUUCUCGAGGGUGGUGAGGAGUAAAUGUAACGUGCGAUACCAAGGAGAUCACUACGGGGAAGAAAUGUAGCCCAGGAAGAAUGCAGGAAUUUGUUUGGUGAUUGCGAUGUACAGUAACUAGAAGCAAUCGAUUGUGUUGCGUGUGUUGCUUUGC